UCGGUUCCUUUCCAACCUCAGCGUUAAUCUGCAUUCACUCUGAGGUUUUAAAGCUUUUCUUCUCAAACGCUCGUUGCAUGAGUGUUUUAAUACUGGAACCUUAGUCAUCUUUGGAAGGUAUUUUAGGCAUCUUCCUGACUAUCGAACAGGACACAGGCGAGCUGUUUAAUAUCGAGCUUUCUGACUUUCAUUAAUUCAGCUCUGCCUGAUCGCACUUCGACUCACGUCAGUCCGUCGGUCUGUCUGUCUAAGGUGAAGAAUCGCUGAGCCUUUACUGCCGGCGUGCGUAAUGUAUCUUAAAGAGGAAACACAGUAAGACGGACAUGUCCAUCUGCAGAAAAAAGGAAACGAAGAUGAUGAUGACGGCUUCACCGAAGUCAAUAUUCAGGUGCUCAAUAGCAAUGGCGAAACCUUCCCUCCCACUGAAGCGGAUGCUAUGGGUUUUUAUUGUUUUUAGUCUCUCUCAAAGCUCCCUCCAGAACGAUGACGAUGAUGAGGUGUCUAACAAGACAUGGGUGCUGACUCCAAAAGUCUACGAGAGCGACGUUACACACAUCCUCAACAGCCUACUAGAUAGUUACGAUAACAAGCUCAGACCUGACAUUGGAGUCAAACCAACAGUAAUCCAUACCGACAUGUUUGUCAACAGCAUCGGUCCAGUAAAUGCCAUCAAUAUGGAAUACACCAUCGACAUAUUUUUUGCACAGACCUGGUACGACAGGAGGUUAAAGUUCAACAGUACAAUGAAGGUUCUUCGUCUCAACAGCAACAUGGUUGGAAAGAUCUGGAUCCCAGACACUUUUUUUCGCAACUCAAAGAAAGCUGAUGCCCACUGGAUUACAACACCUAAUCGCAUGCUUAGGAUCUGGAAUGACGGAAGAAUACUCUACACGCUUAGGUUAACCAUUGAUGCUGAGUGUCAGCUUAAACUAAACAACUUUCCAAUGGAUAAGCAUUCCUGUCCUCUUGAGUUUUCAAGUUAUGGCUACCCUAAGGAGGAGAUUACAUACAGGUGGAAAAGGAGCUCAGUUGAGGUUGGGGACAUUCGCUCAUGGAGGCUUUACCAGUUUUCCUUUGUUGGAUUGCGAAACACCACUGAAACUGUCAAGACAGUGUCAGGAGACUAUGUAGUGCUGACUGUCUUUUUUGACCUGAGCAGGAGAAUGGGCUACUUUACCAUCCAGACCUACAUCCCAUGCACACUUAUUGUUGUCCUCUCCUGGGUGUCUUUCUGGAUCAACAAAGAUGCAGUACCUGCAAGGACCUCACUAGGCAUCACCACUGUGCUGACUAUGACCACACUUAGUACCAUUGCCAGGAAAUCUCUUCCUAAAGUGUCAUACGUGACUGCAAUGGACCUGUUUGUGUCCGUCUGCUUUAUUUUCGUCUUUGCUGCACUCAUAGAGUAUGGCACGCUGCAUUACUUUGUCAGCAAUAGGAAGCCAAGUGCCAAAAAGGACAAGAAGAAGAAAAACCCGCUCCUCCGGCUCUUUUCCUCUAAGCAGACACCAACGGUGGACAUCCGUCCGCGCUCGGCUACGGCAAUCCAGAUGAACAAUGCCACACACAUGCAGGAGAGAGAUGAGGAAUAUGGCUAUGAGUGUCUUGAUGGAAAAGACUGCACCAGUUUCUUCUGCUGUUUUGAAGAUUGCCGCUCUGGAGCCUGGCGGCAUGGAAGGCUGCACAUUCGAAUCGCCAAGAUAGACUCAUACGCACGCAUCUUCUUCCCUACUGCAUUUGCUCUCUUCAAUCUGGUCUAUUGGGUCUCCUAUCUAUAUCUUUAGACAUGGGGUCUUCCCAGCUAGUCCAUCACCAUUUUCUGUAUGCUCAGUGCCAGGAAGUGACAUUUUACAAAAAAACAGAUCCACUGAAAUAUCCCAAAAUCUGGUCUGACUUUAUUUUAUUUCUGUUAAGUCCCUUUAAAUUUCCACAAGUUUUUAAGAUAACCUUGACAAACAUUGCACAUACUGUAGCACUGAAUUUUAUUUGUGUGGUAUAGUUUUAUUGUACUUAUGAUGCAAAAGCAUUGGUCCUGCGAGGGAUUACUAUGUUUUACUUUUUUAAUGUAUCUGCAUUCCUCUGAAAGAUGUAAUUAAAUCAUGCAGAAUUUAUUUGCCAUUGGCCCUGUUUCCUGUAAGACAUUUAUGUAUUACAAUGGAAAACAACAAAUGUGUUUUUUUAUUGAAAGUGAAAAUACAUAAUUUAUUGAUAAUUUAAAUAAAGUGAAACAGUAAUUUCUCUUAUUUCAAUUACUAGAUGUAAAACAACAUUACAGUGAAACAUAUUUUUUUUUAUUUUAAUGCAAAAAAUGUGUAAAGGAUCUCAGUGUAGCCAGUUAUGUCUUGACUAUGACCAUGUUGAAACAGUUAGUUUAAUAUUUUUUCACAUUAUUUUUUUAUUCACAAAGGCAUCAGAUCUGAGGCACUUUAAAAGAGCUAUGUUUAACUUUGAAAAACUGAUUAUCUAAAGCAAACAAUUUCAUGAGCAGUCAGAGUACAAAAAGGAUUUUUAUGUAUAGAAUCAGCUGUAUAAACACUGUAUAUAUAUUCUAUUGUUAGAUUUAGGGUUGCUUCCAUUGCAUGCACCUUUCAGGCCAAACAAUCCCAGCAUAUCUUAUGGUCUUCUACUGUUGACUAUGGUAACUACAAAAGAAACAAAAAAAAAAAACUAUUUUGACUUUUUUCUAUAAAAACGUCAAAUCUUAAAAAAGCUCUGAAGAUAUUUUUAUUAUAAGAACUACCUUUGCAAACAGGAGAGAAGAUCAGCACAGUGUUUCAGCAAGAAUAUGUGGCCAUCUUUAUUUGUUCUUAAAGGUACUCAUUACAUAAACUUGUUGGUAUACUUAAACUACUCAAAAGAUCAAAAAGCAAAGAAACUAAUUGAUCCAAUUGAUAGUUGCACAACCAGAAAUUAUGAUUAUGUUUUCAAAUUAAGCAUUCAAAAGUAAUCUAUGUGUCAAUGUAAACCUAUGUCCAGACAGCUUCAACCUAAUUAGAAACAAACAGCAGGUAUACUUGCCAUCCUUUAGAGAAGUACUUAUAGUUAUUACAAGCUGCUUUUUUAGAACAAAUAUGUAGAAUGUGUUUUCAAUCAUCUUGUCUCUGUGCUAAUCACAUUGAGAUUAUGAGUUUCUGCAAACAGCCAAACAAAAUUACAUUUUUCAAGAGGUUCUAAAAGGCCUUUAUUCCAUGGUCUUUAUUUCCAUUAAGGUUUGCUUGAAUGUGUGAUGAGAGCAAAUGCUGUACUUGGCUACAUGUAAUGCACUGUAACCCCAUACCACUCAGUUCUGUUAAACAUCAGUAUGCAAAUGACUGUGCUGCAAUAUGAUUUGUAAACUCAUAAAGAACGGGUGUAAAUAACAAUGGCUAUGUACAUACAAUUAUAAAUGGAAGAAAAACAUUUGUCAAGUCUUUGGCAUUUUCUAAAAGGGUAUAUAUAUUUUGUAAUUGUAACAUUAUUACACUAUAUCAAUCAGUACUAUAAUAUAUUUAUUGUUUAUGCGUGAAUGACCAUGCAACAUACUUGAUGGGGGAAGGGUUGAUAGGAUUGUGCAAAUGAGUUAUUUAUUUAUUUAUUAAUAUACUGUUUAUGGUAUCAUUUUUUGAUUCUUAAAAAACGCUUAUGCUCAUAUAGCCCCAAUAAAAGAAACACAGAAUGCUGUCAUCUAUAUCAAAGAGACAUAAUUGUUCCGUGUGUCUAUCAAACUUGAGCCUAUUUAUCUUGUGUUUUCUAUGUUGUGAUCUAUGUACACUACUCCCACAAAGGCCUGUCAAACUGUUCUAUUUGUUGAGUGACUUGCAACCUUAUACGUUGUGCUGCUUUUGAACUUUAGAUUCUGUUUAGACAAAAAAAUAUUCUCACUGACAUUUAUUCAGUUAUUAUUAUUCAGUUAUUUGCUUUGGUAAUGGGUUUUACCAAUUCAAUGUGACUAUGAGCUUACAUGUGUACGAUUUACAGAUCAUAUUUUCCAUACUUCAUUCCCAAUUGUGGAAUGGCAAUUCUACUGUGUUCCACUUAGUAGUUUUUUUAGUUUCUAUAUACACCAUUUCUCACAUCUUUAGGAACAUGAGAUUGUUUAUUACCAAUAAUCACAGUGCCAAAAAUUGAGAUACAUGUGUAUAAAAAAAUACCUAAUACCAAAAAAUACCAAAUAGCUUUGGAGUUUGAAACUGACCUAUAUCUCAAGUUCUCUUGAAUUGUAAUCUUUCUGUUAUAGUUUACUCUCGAUUUCUUUCAACAGUGGUAUAAUUUAAAAUUAACGUCAAGCAAGUAAAAUGGACUAAAUGAGACCUUGAGAAAAUUAAACUAGUGUCAGAGGUUCAACUGGAAGACAUUUCUGCCUGAGGAUAAAGGUCUAGUGCUUUGGAUGUCAAGGUAAAGGUUGAGACCUUUUCAUACUAUGCUUCAAAUACUUCCCUUGAUAACCUCCAAAUGCAGAGAUUUAAAGAGUAUUAAAGCAUUAUGUAUUGAGGCAGGUUUACAGUUCGAAGCAUGCUUGCUGAAUGAAUUAUUACUCAAAAAUAUUUUGAAGGACUGGGUCUCCUCCAUAUGCUUUUAAUCCAUUGUUUCCAUAAAUGUCAGUCUCUCUCUCUUUUUUUUUUAACAAUGUGAUGUUAACUGUUUUGGGACCAAUGUGUAGAACAAAGUACAUGAGCAGCACAUGUAGAUAUUUUGUGUUGUUAUCAAUGUUAUAAAAUAAAAAAGAAGCACUGGACAUGCUGGACUUGUAAAAGACAUCCAAAGCUAAAAUAAUUCUGUUGAGAUUCUCAUUCAUACAACAUAAGUUGCUUUGUGUUUUUAUCUGAUUAUUGUGUUGAAGGGUCACUGAUAUAGCACAUAGUUGUGAUUUUUUUUUAUAAUAAAAUGAUUGCUUU